UCGCAGUCAAAAGAAAUUUGUCACACCCUUCGGUUCUUUUAUACAAAACUUCCUUACGUUUCAUCUCAAAACAACACUAUGUUUAUUUCGAGUCCUUGGACAUUUUGGAAAAUAUGGAUAUUGAUGGCUUGCAUGUUUCAAAUAAGUCUUCAAAUUCCGAUGAUGUCACGGGAGACAAAUAUUUGUGUGGAACGUCAACAGGCAGGUUUAAUAUGUGAGACGUGUGAAUUAUUGGCGACUUGUGUCAAAAUGUCUCAUGGCUAUCUAACUGUUCCUGUUGAGACUUGUGACACCGACAAGGGAUUCUAUUGCAAUGUGAAUCUUGGAGCUUGUUCAAAUGUGACAGGCCCGUGUCAUCCAUUUGGAUAUGAGGGAAAUUUUGUGUGCACCUCACAAGGAGUAUUUCCUGAUCCUUAUGAUUGUCAAAAAUACCAUAUGUGCUAUGUUGCUGGAACGACUUUGGUUUCAGCCAAUAUCGAAUGUGGCGGCGACAAAGCUUUUAAUGUCGAAACGGGAGAGUGUAGUUUAUCGAUUACGGACAGUGUUUGUGAUGUAAUGCAAUACGAAUGUCCUCGAGUAGGCUUCUCAGCUGCUUGGCCUAAUAACAAAAAUCUGUUCUAUAUCUGCAAAGCUACGACAAAUGAUGAAACUCGAGUUCUAUAUCCGACACUUUAUCGCUGUGGUGCUAAUGAAAUGUUUGAUGGUCUUGACUGUGUGUCAGAUGAUGGCAGUUAUCCCGUUACAGUAGUUAAACCAACCAAAACUCCAUCAACUGGUUCUGUGACAAGCCAGCCUUCCCGUCCAGACUCAUCAGAGUGUACUAGUGCAGGACUUCAAGUUGAUCCGGCAGAUUGCCGAUCAUAUUAUUAUUGUUCCGGAAUACGAGGCACCAAAAAGCAUACAACUUGUCCGAAAGGAACUUAUUUUAAUGCCGGAUUAGCAUCGUGUACAAUUGGAAGUUGCUAAAAAUUAUGGUUUUGAAAUUAAAUAUUUCAACUAAACGUGUACAUUCAAUAAAAGUUUAUGAAAAAUA